AUGGUUUCGUUUUACGUCCUCCUCAUUGCCUCCGUGGUUGCCCUGGGAGGAUUCUCGUACGGGGUAGACUCGGGGAUCAUCGCAACCACUCUAGGUCAUGACACGUUCAAGUACGCUAUGCUGGGCCCAACAGGUGUCAAUGCUCCCUUGACAGGUGCCAUCGUUUCCCUAUACAAUGUCGGCCAGGCUGUUGGAACCUUUGGCGCGGGUUACUCAGCCAACAAGUUCAGCAGACGUUGGACUAUCUGUGGUAGUGCUGUGAUCGCUAUUGUCGGUGCCAUCCUCCAAUGCGCGGCCGUGAAUGCGGGAAUGAUGAUUGCGGGAAGGUUUUUUGCAGGCGUCGGCUGUGGUAUAAUGCUGACAGUCGUUCCAAUCUACAUCGCAGAGGUCUCUCCGCCCGAGAAGCGGGGAAUGAUUGUGGGGUUGCAGGGGUUCAUGAUUUCCAUCGGGUUCUUUGCGGCCAAUUGGAUCGGAUACGGUGGCGCAUAUGCGACUGGCGAUGCCCAGUGGCGGAUUCCUCUUGCUAUGCAGAUCCCCAUACCCCUUGCGUUGGCGGUUGGGUGCUGUUUCGUCCCUUACAGUCCGCGAUGGUUGGUUCAGCAGGAGCGUUACGAGGAGGCCCAAGCUGUCUUGGAGACCAUCCAUGCUGGGACGGGAGACGAUGACCGAGCACUGCGGGAACUGAGUGAGAUCCGGAGCCAAAUCCAAGUCGAGUCAACUCAAGUCACGAACUUCCGCCGCGCCGUCACAUGUCUUCUGUCUCGUCAAUACCUGCACCGCACGUUGAUGUCCUGUUUCAUCCUGGUCAUGGGUCAGUUCAGCGGUUCCUCAGUCAUCCAAAACUACCAGAGCAGCUUUUACGAGACGGUUGGGUUUACCGGCAAAACCUCCCUUCUCAUCAGCGGCAUAUACGGAAUCAUGGGAGUGCUGGGUCAAGUCGUCUACCUGUUCUGCGCAGCUGACAAGUGGCCGCGUACGCGUACACUUUGGGUUGGGUCUAUCUUCCUCUCAGUCAUGAUUGCCAUUUGUAUGGCCCUGUCCUCCGUUUAUGGAAGCGAGAAUAACAGUAACUUGAGCGGCGCCAGAGCGGCAAUCGCUAUGAUCUUCAUCUACUCGUGUGGGUACGCCGUUUUCUUCAACGCCACUAUCUGGGUUGUGCCUUCGGAAUUAUUUCCCUUCUUCUUGCGGUCAACUGGAAUGGGGUUGGCUGUGUUCUCCAAAUCAGUCGCAGCCAUCGUGCUGUCCCAGAUUACACCAACUGCGAUGGAGAAUGUUGGCUGGAGAUACUAUGCUCUCUUUAUCGCGACAAAUUUCGCGGCUGCUUUCGUGUACUUCUUUCUGCUCCCGGAAACCAGCGGUAAGACACUGGAGGAGAUUGCCGAGCUGUUCGAAGACAGCAUCGUACGGGAGCCAUCAAAGAUUGCCGAUGACCAACCAGGAGUGGAAUAUGGCCAGACAGUCGAGAAAAGCUCCAACCCUGUACAUGUGGAAAAGGCAGUCUGA